AUGGUUGGACGGCACGUAAUUCAAGCAGUCUUCUGCCUCCUUAUUAUUUUCAUCGUACAAGGGACCAGUUAUCCAGUAGAAUGUGAUAAUUUACUGGAUAGUCGGGUUAUACAGAGGGAAUUUAUAGUAUAUUCUGGUGAAAGUUCUCAUAUAGAUAAAAAUUCAUCAAAAAGUGAACCUGACCAAGAUACUGUAAUAAUAGCCAGGAAUCCAUUAAAUAGGAUAAUAUACAGUGUAUUAGUGUAUUGUAUUCCUGUACUGUGUGGGGUACUUUCUUAUAAACUUUCAAAGUACUUUAUGCAACUUAGUAAAUCCUUUGGUGUAGACUUCCAUAAAAAAGAGAAAGUUAAAUUACCAGAGUCAAUUGGGUUAGCAUCUGCAAUUUCCUUUGUCUUUGGGAUCUUCUUAUUCUCUUUGUUUUUUCCCAAUCACAAAGAAAGUCUUCUUAUUUUCUCUAAUACUGUCAUUCUAAAUACUCUAUUAGGGUACGUUGAUGACACAGUAGAAUUAAGUUGGUCUUGCAAAUUUCUGUUUCCUGCUCUGUCAAUUCUUCCUUUAUUUAUAACAUACACUGGGAGUACGUAUAUGUGUAUACCUUUGUAUGGGAUAGUUAAUUUAGGCUGGCUUCUUUAUGUUUUUCUCUUUGCCUUGGGGGUUUACUUCACUAAUGCAAUUAAUAUUCUGAGUGGAAUAAAUGGAGUGGAAUGCGGUCAGGUUCUUGUUCUUAGUGGGAUGAUCUCCUUGGAUAGGUGUUUAUUCUCUGAUGAAAAGAGUCUUUUGAGUGGUUUAAUGGGAUUUUCAUUAUUUAUGUCUAGUUUUGGUCUUUUCUUAUGGAAUAAGUAUCCUGCUAGGUGCUUUGUUGGGGAUGUAUUUUGUUAUUUCUCUGGGUCUUCAUUGCUUUGUAUUGGUUUAUUCGGUGGAUUCAUUAAGACUCUUUUUUUAUUUCUAUUCCCACAGUUAUUUAACUUUGUCUUUAGUAUGCCACAGCUUAUGAAGAUAAUUCCAUGUCCCAGGCACAGGAUGCCUUCUGUUAUUUAUACUGAGUCAUCUGAUGCCUUAAUUGUGCCUUCUGUUGUCUCUUUGGAAAGUAAAUUUCUUAAGUCACGGAUUGUAUACGGUGUGAUUAAAUUAUACAGGAUUCUUGGUCUGAUCUCUUAUACUGAGGGUAAUGGGAGAGUGGAAGUCAGUAAUUUUACUAUUCUUAAUGCGAUUCUUGUUAGGACAGGACCAAUCCAUGAAGAAACUUUAUUUAAAAUAUACUGUACCAUGCAGUUCAUCGUGUGUGCCUUGGUUAUCCUGGCAAAGUGCUACUUUUAUAGUUAUUCCUGGGGUUCUUAA